CUGCAGAGCUUCAGAGAUGAUGCCACUUUGCAUUCUACUUGUAUUUCUCAGUCAAUUAUGUCAGGUACCAGCUGUUCACGAGAUCUCAAGUAUAACUCAGGAUAGUGGUGUCAGAACAGCCAAAGUUGGGGGAAAUAUUACUUUGCAAUGCCUCUGUCAGGAAGAUUCUGUAAAUUUUUUCUUCUGGUACCAGCAAACAUUGGGAGGUAAACCUCAGCUCAUAUCAUCACGGAUGAAGCACAUCACAGAAGCAGAGAUCUCCCCCGAGUUUAAGGAGAGGUUUCAAGUUCUUGCAAAAAGUGGAGAAAGUAUCAAUCAUCUUAUAAUCACAGACCUUCGCCUGUCGGAUUCAGCAACAUAUUACUGUGGGAUUUUAGCAUUCAACGCAAUUGAAUUUGGACAAGGAGCUUUCCUUCAUGUCAAAACAUCACUGUCCAACAUCCAAGCUGUUAUCCAUCAGCCAUCAUUACAGCCAUUUCAGUCAGGAGACUCUGUAAAUUUGAGCUGCACAGUACACGCUGAACCAUGUGUAGGGGAGCAGAGCUUCUACUGGUUCAGACAUGGUGCGUCUCAGCCUGCAGUCAUAUACCCCAGAGCAGGACAAUACAAAAACAUCUCCAAUGAAGAGUCUGUCACAAAAAGUUGCACUAUAAACCUUUCUAUAAAGUCUGUGAGCUCCUCUGAUGCUGGGAUCUACUACUGUGCUCUGUCCUCCUGUGGGGAGAUUGUUUUCGGAAAUGGAACAGAAAUCAAGAUUGCAGGAGGCUCGACCAAAGACUCCAUUCUCCUUGUGUAUUGUCUGAGUGUAGCAUUGGCAGUUUUCAUUAUUGUGCUCCUUGUAUUGGUUUUCAUUGUGCACAAGUUGAAGAAAAAUCUGUGCUCUGUCUGUUAUGGAACUGUUUCUCAUCUGACAUGUUCUGCAGCCUCUGACGUUGCGAGCCAAGAUGCAGACAAUCUCCAUUAUGCUGCUCUGAGUGUGAACAGGAACAGUGAACGACACCGCCGAGAGGACAAUGUGGAGAGUGUUUGUGUGUACUCUAAAAUAAAGAGUAGAAAAGAGUGAAGUAGAACUUUGCUUGUCAACAAUUCACAAGAAUAAAUGUAAAUAAUAUGGAAAUAA